AUUCGGUAUUUUACUGAAGGAUUGAAUAAAUUCUCAGUCUUUUUGUCCUAGUUUUUCAUUUCCUGCUGCCGAUAAGUACUGCUCUUUAUAGAGCGCUUCUUUUGCUUGCCACCGCCCGGAUCUGGUCAAAAAAUGUCUCAGUCAACUUAGAAUGAGCUAAUUUCGGACAAUAAUGUACCGUUCUGAUAUGCUAAAUCCGGACGACUUUUGGUCUGACGCUCGAUCGCGACUUUUCCCAAAACUGGGAACAUCUCUCUUGACUUCUUCCCAUUUCUUCGUUUUCUUCUGCAUGCAAGCGCACGACUGAGCACUGAAUAGCUUGCCGGUUAUCCUCGUCCACAUUUUCUAUACUUUCUGCUUCAGGUUCUUGAUGAUGGCCGCCGACGGUGCUCUUGCCAACGAAUUGGCUCAAGUCAAACGCGAAUUGGAGAUCCUAAAGGCAGCGGAUCCUUUCAAGGUCGUCGAGAUGGCCAUCGAAAUUUCGACAGAACGGAUGAAGGUCACCGAGGCCAUGCAUGCUCGAGACGCGGCAGUACGGCGAUUAUCAGAGGCCUACAUUUCUCUUCGACAGAAAGUCGCUAUCAUAGACCGUCUUCAAGGCAACUCUCACGGUCCCGAAUUUUUCAAGGAAUGCAUGUCUCUUGCCCAACGAGAUGGAGGCGUUACGGAGACAGACAUGCUAAAGGAGGAGAUUUCCGCACUCGAGAGUAUUGUCAAGAGUCUGAGAGAAGAGAUGCGCGAGCAGAGUGCGCAGACCGCCGCUUCCACUGAACCUCCUCCUCGAUAUGAUGAUGGCGCCUACAAGACUAGUGAACAGUCGGGAAAUCAGAAUCCAGGAAUGAUUCCACUCCGAAUUUUGCGUGAUACACCUCCCCUGCCAUCGCGUUGUUCAUCACAAACAUCGAUGUCCUCCGUUUGCACCGAAAACCACAUCAUUAGGCCUAUCUUGAAAGCUGACGAUAAUGGCUUCGAUUACAAGAUUGCACGCCCCGUACCAGAGUCCGUUGAAGCCGAAGAGACCAUCGAACAGAGAAACAAGCUUCUCGCGGCAAUGCCCCUCCCGCAAGAUCCACCAGAUGAUACACUGAAGCCAAUACUUUUGCCUCAGAAUUUGACUUUGCAUGAGUUCCUUGGUAGCACAUCUGGGUCCUUGCGCAGCUCGUUAUCAAACUAUCGCCUUUUGCAACAGCUCACCACGUCAUGGUGUCCGGAACGCGAAGAACACGGCUAUUUCUUGACUCCUGCUUUCAAAUGCAACACGAACCCUCGUGUAGCUACUGCACAUCGAUGGUCUUCUGUCGACGUUCUUUCGAGGAUGAAUAAACCUACUGAGUGUUUCUUCAACAAAGAUGGCACCUGGUAUUAUGCCGGUAUAUACAAAGCUUUUCGACUUGACGACCUCACAACAAAAGAAUGGGAGGCGCUAUCCAAUGAAACCGUACAAGCUAUCAUCAAGGAAACGAUUGCUGGUCGAAAGAACGUCUCGCCGCAGAACGUGUACGAGACAUCCCAGCUCUACGCCGCUGGGGCACUCAAAGUUGCGUGCAUCGGUUUACAGUGCGUCGGGUUCAACAGGACGAUGUAUAAGUCAAUCUUGGAGCAGGCGAGUAAAUGCAUGCAGGGCGGCAAGUGGAAAGUCGGCCACAAUGUGUCGGGAUCCACGUGGAAUGCCAAUGGGACUGUGGGUGAGGUGACAGAGGCGUUGAAUGAUCUUGGCAUUAGUGGUAAGGUCUCGGAAGGUUGAUGAGCUUGUCUCGAGGGCAUGGGUAAGGGAGUGGUCCUUUUUCUUUUUGAUUGUUUUUUGGGGACUUUGGCAUCAUGGAAUUGUAGCGUAUUCGAAAGACUGAAAGCGGAUUGGUUUGCAUGUAAUAACUGUAUCGACAGUAGUACUUUUCAUCGGAUUGUAUAAUAUACGGUAUUAAGCCUUGUUGACAUGGCAAAAGAUAAUCAUAGGUUCACUUGAGGAUCCAGCAGAUAUCCUUUGUGCAACGUACGUCGAUCUGCCAUCAAAGACC